AUGUGGCUUACAUUAAGACAGAUCAUUAUGAUUGUUGUUCUCUUCAACGUCUCAAGAGCAAAUUGGUGGUACUUGGGACUGCAAAAUUACCCGCCAAGAGAGUUUAACCCAUUGCUUAGUCAUAAAGAAAAUUGUUACCGAUAUCCAUUUUUGAAAAGUAGACAACAACAAUUGUGUGACCUUGGAGAAAAAAUUAUGAGUGUUGUGAGCAGUGGAACAAAAAUGGCCAUUGAAGAAUGCCAACAUCAGUUUAGCAAUCAGAGGUGGAAUUGUACCACAUAUUCAAAUAACACGUCCGUGUUUGGAAACGUAUUGUCAUUUAAGAGUAGAGAAAAAGCAUACGUGAAUGCUAUUACAUCGGCCGGAGUAGCAUAUGCGAUCACAAAAGCAUGCUCAAGAGGUGAACUGAACGAAUGUAGUUGUGACAAUAAAAUGCAAAGAAAACAAGCUAAAAAGAAUUGGCAAUGGGGAGGAUGUUCAGAGGAUAUACGUUUCGGUGAAAAGUUUAGUCGUGAUUUUGUCGAUUCCAUAGAAGAUAUUGAUAGCGUUCAAGGGCUAAUGAACGUACAUAAUAAUGAAGCUGGUCGAAGGAUUAUUCGCUCUAGUAUGCAAAAAGUAUGCAAAUGUCAUGGCAUGUCAGGUUCAUGUAGUGUACGCAUUUGUUGGAUGAAACUUUCAUCGUUUCGGGAUAUUGGAGAUUCAUUAAUGGUUCGAUAUGAAGGUGCUUCACAUGUACGACUUGGCGAAAAGAAAAGAAAGAAAAUUAAAAAACUACGACCAAUCAGGAUGGACAGAAAAACACCCAAUAAAACGGAACUCGUAUACUUAGAUACAUCUCCGGACUAUUGUGAACGCAAUGAAUCAUUGAGCCUAUUGGGUACUUACGAUCGUGUAUGUCAGGGAUUAGAUGGCUGCAGACAUCUAUGUUGCCACAGAGGAUUUCAAAUUAGAUUAAGGGACGUAGAGGAGAAGUGUAAAUGUAAAUUCAUUUGGUGUUGUAAUGUUGCUUGCGAAAUUUGUAGGUAUAAAAAGGAAGAGUAUAUUUGCAAUUAA